AUGUUUCAUUUCCAAGAAGGCUCUACCAAAAGAGCCUUUCAGGUCUUCAGUGCCAUCUUCUGGUGCUUGUUUGCUGCAGGCCCUAUGUUCGGGUUUGCUGCCUUAAAACCAUUCCUUAUCAAAGAAAAUGUUUACGAAGGACUCUGUUUCGAUGAUUCUGGUAACUCAUCGGCAACUUCUCUCAUAUUCAGUGCCUUUAUGGAAAAGGUCACUUUCGAUACCAAAUCUGUCAUUGCUCCAAAAUGUCCGGAACAAGAUUUGAAGUUGAACUUCAUCUUCACUGUUUGUGCCGUGGUUACUAAUAUUUGUGCUUUGCCAAUCGGGUACUUGUUGGAUAAUUACGGCCCAAAGCUUUGUGGUUUGGUUGGCUCCAUCUUUAUCUUCAUUGGUACUAUUAUCAUUGUUAACUCUAGGUCAAUUAUUUCAUUCGAUCCAUUUUUGACUGGGUUUGCCUUUGUUGCCCUUGGGGGUCCUUUCACAUUUAUUUCUUCUUUCCAUUUAUCAAAUGCUUUCCCAAAAAAUUCUGGGCUUAUCUUGGCGUUGCUUACUGGGGCAUUUGAUGCGUCGUCUUCUGUGUUUUUGAUCUACUCAUUUUUGAACUCAUAUCUCUCUAGUGAAUCAUAUAACUUCUCCAUUGCCUCAUUUUUCAAGCUUUACAUUGCCAUCCCAUUAUUUAUCUUCUUAGUGCAGAUUUUCUUGAUGCCAAAGGAGUCUUACCAGGCAGAUGUCUCUGGAACUGCUGCCGUUUCGGAAGAGGCACCAAAUGCUGUUGAGGCCAUUCAACACGAAAUCAAUGAAAACAGUGCUUUGUUACCAAAUAAGCCUGCUAACAGAAGAAGAUCCUCUUUGUCCAGCAUCACCCGUGUUCCAAUUACCAGAGAGGAAGUUGAAGAAGAAACUGUCACCAGUGGUGGUAUAUUUGGUAUCUUACACGGUCAAUCCCUUAAACAACAAUUUUCAAGUAACUGGUUCUGGAUUAUUGCUAUUUUCACCACUGUUCAAAUGCUCAGAUUGAAUUACUUCAUUUCUACUGUUAACUCCCAGUACACUUACUUAUUUGGAUCUCACGAAGAGGCUACUAAAUUGAACAAGAUCUUUGAUAUUGCAUUGCCUCUUGGUGGUUUGGUCUCUAUUCCAUUUGUUGGUUAUAUUUUGGAUACGCACUCCACUCUUUUUGUUGUCAGUGCGUUAUCCUUUUUGUCAGUGUUUUUGGGGGUCUUGGGUUUCAUUCCAAAAGUGUUUUAUAUUGGUGUUUUGAACGUUUUAUUAUUUGUGGCUUAUAGACCAUUCUUCUACACCACUAUUUCUGACGUUGCUGGUAAAGUGUUUGGUUUCGAAACUUUUGGAAUCAUUUACGGUACGAUUAUGUCAAUUUCUGGGAUUGUCAACUUUGGCCAAUCCUAUUUUGAUAAGUUGACUCACACUGUGUUCAAAAUGAAUCCAGGUCCAAUCAAUUAUAUUCUUGUCAGUGUGACAUUUGUGGUUUCUGGAAUCACUGUCUCUUACAUUAAUCAAGCCACCAAUGGUUAUGGUAAGCAGCACGUUCAAAAAGUUUUGGAAGAAGAGCAUGCUCGCGAACAAGCUAUUGUGUGA